CGCUUCUUGGCCUCAUCCCAUCCGACGUCGCUCCUCGACGCAACGACGACGUUGUUAUUAAAGACGAGCUCAUCCUCACACUCUCUCGAGCAAUGUCUCAUUUAUUUUGUUAAUCCUCUCUCUCACUAUUCUUUCUCUUCGCCACUUGAUACCCCCUCCCCUUUUCCCGAGUAGACACCCACGUCUUCUUACCCAAAAACACCAAAUUCGAUACACCAAAGAAACCCAAGAUGGCGGCACAACUCCCAGAGCCCUUUGCAAGCAUCCCCCGCGAAAACUUCCUCUUUGGCCCUUCGCCCAUCGAGCCCCUCCCCCGCAUCUCCGCCGCCCUCGGCGGAAAGGUCAACGUCUACGCCAAGCGCGAGGACUGCAACUCCGGUCUGGCCUACGGCGGUAACAAGACCCGCAAGCUUGAAUACCUCGCCUCAGACGCCCUCGCCCAAGGCUGCGACACCCUCGUCUCCAUCGGCGGCGUCCAAUCAAACCACACCCGCCAAGUCACCGCCGUCGCCGCCAAGCUCGGCCUCAAAGCCGCCCUCGUCCAGGAGAAGUGGGUCGACUGGACUGACCCCGUCUACGAUAAGGUCGGCAACCUCCAGCUCUCGCGCCUCAUGGGCGCCGACGUCCGCCUCGACCCCUCUACUUUCGGCAUCGAGCACAAGAACACCCUCGCCAACUUGAAGGAGGAACUCCUCACCGCCGGACGCAAGCCGUAUUACAUCCCCGCCGGAGCAUCGGACCACCCCCUCGGCGGCCUGGGCUUCGCGCGCUGGGCUUUCGAGGUCGAGGCGCAGGAGAAGGAGCUCGGCGUGUUCUUUGAUACCAUCAUCGUGUGUGCGGUGACGGGAUCGACUAUGGCGGGUAUGGUUGCGGGCUUCAAGCUCGCGGAGAAGCAGGGGGGGAAGAAGCGCAAGGUCAUCGGUAUCGAUGCCUCUGCGACGGUGAAGCAGACGUUUGACCAGGUGCUACGCAUCGCCAAGAACACGGGUGCCAAGAUUGGUCUCGAGGAAGGGGAUAUUACUGAGGCGGAUAUCAUUCUGGAUGACCGGUUCCACGGCGGUAUUUACGGUGUGCCGGACCAGGUCACCAUUGACGCCAUCAAGUUUGGCGCCAGCACGGAGGGGUUCAUUACGGACCCCGUGUAUGAGGGUAAGAGCUUGGCGGGUAUGAUGCAGCUCAUCAAGAAUGAGGAGAUUGCUGCUGGGAGCAAUGUGUUGUAUGCGCACUUGGGUGGCCAGUUGGCGCUCAACGCGUACUCUGGCAUGUAAAUGGCCUUGAUGUCUGAUGAUGGAGUUUUAGAGUUUUGCAGAUAAUAACAAUACCCUUUUAUGUUGGA